GGGACAGACGCGUCGCGAAUUCACACGCCUUGUGACACGAACCUUAUUCCGAAACGCAUGCGAUUCUGUUAUCCGGUUCUAGUUCGGUGAACAAUGUGUUAGGAAUUAGGACCGACUUUAAAAAAAAUUGAAAAAUUGUGGUUGAAUUUAUGGAAAAUUUAAUGAAACUUUAAGUGGAUGAUGUUUAUUUGAAGUUUAGAAUGACUGUUAUAAGUGCCUGCGGCGGAGGGUGGCGGGUGACGGCGUUGUCGCGGCAGCGAAGCACGGUCCCGAGAUGAGCGGCGCGCUGAACGCUCUACCGCCGCCGCCGCCGUCGCCGACGCCACCGCCGCCAUCGCAGCCACCGCUGUCCGCUGCCGAAGCUCUCUCCUCGCUGCUGUGGCAGCCGUACGAGUGCCGGUCGCCGCCCCUUGCGCGCUCCCGCACCGAUGGCGCGCUCGCGAGCUCGACUCGCUUUGGCGUCGGCGGGGGGGACACCGCGUGCAUUCCCCAGUCGCCGAACGGCGGUCGUCAUGCGCGCGCGUCGUAUCGUGCGAUCACACUGCGCCACGAGAUGCGGCUGCCCGUGCCGGCGCCAGCUCCGCUGCGCAAGUCGGACUCGGUCUCGGUGCGCGUUUCGGGGGAGCCGAGCCGACAGAACGUGUCUAAUGUGAACAUAGUGCAGGUGCAGGAUGCGCCCACCAGUUGUAAUGUGAACAGUGCCGUGCAGACCGACCGCGAGAGGAGUGUGGCGAGCGCCGAAUGUCAAACCGAGGAGCCGACGCGCAGGAGGCGCGUGCGGCGCCCGCGCCCGCCGCGGGUGCCGGAGCUGCUGGAGAGCGUUCCGCCGCCGCCGUACAGUACGCUGCCGCCGCAGCAGCCACCACCGCCGCCACCUCACGCGCCGCAUGCGCCGCACGCACACCCGCACCCGCACCCUGUGCCGGUGCCGGUGCCAGUGUCGGUGCCCGUCCAUCCCCCGCCUGCGCCGAUCAUCGCGCCGCAUCCAUCCGCACACCGAUACCCUUUCCAGCCGAUUCCACUCAGAUCUGGCAGAGGAGCCGCGUACGCGUGUUCGGAAGCGGAUGGUAACGCGCCCAAGUCGUGCUGCGGCCGGCCGCCGCUGCGGCUCUGUGUUCUGUUCCUCGGCGUGGUCGGGGCUUGCCUGGUAGCAGCCGGGGCCGUGCUCGGCGCUCUCAGGCCGCACCCUAGAGCCCCCCUCACACUGUUACUACUCAUGAUAGGUAUAGGAGUAGUAUUGGUAACAGCGGCGGGGCUCGCGUGGCGGCUCGGUGCAAGAGACGCUCCCUGCGCCUUGCUGGGGCUGCGACGCGCGUCUUGUCGUCGGCUGGUGCCGCGCCUGCCGCCCAGCUACGCGCGCCCGCACCAUCCGUACGCGGCCAUGCUCUACCCAGAGUUUCAGUAUCGACCACCGCCGCCGACAUACCAGGCUUCUAUGCAGGAGUAUAGGUUGAGGUUGCUUCUGUUAGACCGGAGCGCGCCGGCGGUCUCCCCGCCCCCCACCUACAGGUCCAAUUCAGCCAGUCUAGUCAGCAGAGGGUCAACAGGUGCAGCGUGGUGCGGCUCCGAGUACAGCGGUCCUCCUUCAUACCGCGCGCCCCGCGUCGAUCCCCCCGUUACUGUCACCGACACUCUCCCAACCAUCACACCGCUCGACCUCAAGUACUCCGACGACACUAUCGAAACUCUACCCAAGCCCACAGAACAAGAAAAAGAUCCCGAUCAUCAUCUCGUCACCAUAGUUCACACCGAGGCACAACCAGUUAUAGUAACUGUCUCAGGAUCAACAGCACUCAACGAAACCCACACUCAACCACCUUCAGAAAUUGAUAUACUGGCGCACUUAUAACGAACCACGUCAGGUAGUAUAAUGAAUGAAUCACUUCGGUCGAAAUUACUGUCUUUCCCUGGGGACAAGACAGAAAUUGAUUGAUAAAAGUGAAUGAAUUAAGUGGAACAGACUGAAUCAAUCCGGGGCUUACAUCGAUCAAGCCGAUUUAAGAUUAGAUUCUUUCUUUUGUCAGGUACAAGCAAUAGAUUUCGGAAGGCUUGUGAAUGCAACAACGAUUAAAGUGAUUAAUAGAAUGAAGAUUUUUGUGGGUAAUGGACUAGUGAUUUAACGUGAGCGCUCAAGAAAAUAUAGGAAUGUGUUAUUUGUUGCACGUUAAAUAGAAAAGACAAUUUUUACCAUAUAAAAAAAGUUAUAAUGAAAUUUAAUCUCAGAAAAUAAAUGGCUUUUAAUUAAUAAAUCAUGGUGUAACAAGAAGCUCACUAUACUUGAAGUAUAUUUUAACGUAAUGGUUUUGAGUACCUUAUUUCUUCGUAGUUAGGUUUAUGUGUAAAUAUUUAAAAGCACUGACAUGUUAUAUUCGUUUACGUAGUGAUAUUAUUUAACAUAAUAUGUGCCGUGUAUAUAAACGAUGUUACAAAUUACGCUAGAAUAAGUACGCAUUAUUGCAGUUGCAUGUUGCGAGUGUAAUCGAUUUAAUCCAAACCAAAUCCUUCACCGAGAUGUACAACGUAAUAACCUGUUAUACCGUGUAGUGCCAACAUUUAAAGCUGUAAAUAAAUUAAUUUGUACAAAUAAUAUUUCCUCCUUCGCUUAUUCAUUUGCUUCGGGAAUAAUUGUACUUUAUUUGCCAUUAUAAUUCGGUUGGCAAACAUCCUGUUGGCUACCAAAAAUAUUUUAUAUUUAUAAUUUAUGUAAUCUUAUGUUGGGAUAUCUUCGAUUAAAUUAUAUGACAUUUAUAUUAAUGGUGAUUUAGUAAACGUAAAGAUUUUUGCAAUUUUGUUAUUAUUUAUUUUUUGUUUUACCGAAUAUUAGUAACAAAAUGCUGUUCUAAGUCUGUUUUGGGUCUCUUCAAGCAUAUUGAUAUUAACCUGGUUUAUAUUAUUCCAAUGCUCAGCAGAGUUGAGGCCUACAUACCUCAAAAUUCAAAUGGGGAUAUAUCAGUCUGCUAUGUACAAGAUGACCGACUAAACUAUUUAAGUUCUUGUCUGGUACCUAUUCUGCGAACUUCAAAGUGAACACCUCUCAUUAAUAUUAUGUAUUUAGUUAAAUCGUAGCUGCGACACACGAUCACAUAUAUGUGGUUACUGUUAGUAUUGUAAUAUAUUAUAAUUAGAUUAUAACGAAAUGUAAUUAAUGAUGUACAUAACUUUAUAUGUAAUAUAAGAAAUAAAGAUCUUUAGUGAAA